UCCAAUCUCCUCGCAAAGGUGUUGCAAUUCCACUAUGGAAAAGAAGAUCCAUUUUGCCCCAGUGCAUGCUCAUUAUUUCACUCACCAAGAUACUUCUUUUGUCUCAGGGAUGAUGUUAUGAAACCCUUCAAGCUAAUCGCUGUUGGAAAUGAAAGGCUUGCUUUACAGUCAAUGACUUUGAUGCCUGUGGUAGUUCAAGUCUCCUGCUGCUCACUCUGACGUCCUGAAACACCAUCUGCAAUUUAAAACUGCAAAAGGAGAUCUGACUCCAACAAAUCAGCAUGAAGCUCCACUGUGUGACCCUGGGCACUCUGCUUCUCCUGCUGCUGGCCAGCUGUGGUGGCAUGCUCAAGACCUCUGCCAUCGACCUGCGGACCUUCAUCGGUUGCGCUGUGAGAGAGUUCACCUUCUUGACCAAGAAACCUGGCUGCAGGGGACUGCGGGUGACAACGGACGCGUGCUGGGGACACUGUGAGACCUGGGAGAAACGGGUGCUGGAACCACCUUACAUCGAGUCUUACCAUCGUGUUUGCAUCUACAAUGAGACCAAGAUGAUGACGGUGAAGCUGCCCAAGUGUGCCCCUGAUGUGGAUCCCUUCUACACCUACCCAGUGGCCAUCCGCUGUGACUGCGACAUCUGCUCCACUGCCAUGACCGAAUGUGAGACUGCCUGAGCUCUCCUUUCCCAGAUCAGGUGAGGGGGGACCAGAUUCUUCCCUGGCUUCCUAUCCCUGCUACCACCAGCAUUACAGAGAGCGUAAGUCAGUCAAGAGUUUGAUCUCACACUGUAAUGCUCCUAAUCAUUGACUUUUCUAGGCAGAUGAGGCUUAAUCC